CUCUGUAUAUUUUUUCUUCUCUUCUUCUCCCACUUUCCUUUUCUCUCUUUCUUUUUCUUCUUCUUUUCUUCUCUCGCACAUUCUCCCUUUUCCUUUUUUGUGUCUUUUUCUCUUUUCUUUCUUUGCUUUCUUUUUUUGUUGUGAUACCCCUGGGAGUUGUGACUGCAGUCAGCUCUCAUCUGACAAUCCCCCUCUGUGUACGAGGGCUGGACAGUUUUCUUAUAUUCUGUCCUUUUUACCAUAUUUCUCUCCUUUGAUUCUCUGUAUUUCUAUUCAUCAUGGACCAACAGCGGUUUUUGCAACAGCUGCAGGUUGUCCUGAACCCCACUCAGGGCAACGUUAAGGAAGCCACCGGCAUUCUGCAGCGCGAGUACUACAACCAGCCUCAAUCGCUUGUUCUCCUUAUCCAGGUUGCAACCGCUCAUGAGGACUCCAACCUGAGACAGCUGGCCGCCGUCGAGGCCCGGUCGCUCGUCACAAAACACUGGGUGAAGGUUGAUGCCAGUCAGAAGCCUCAGAUCCGGGAGCAACUCGUCCGUUCUACCCUGGGCGAGAGCUCUUCGCUGGUCCGUCACUCGGUGGCCCGUAUCAUCUCUGCCAUUGCCAAGAUCGAUCUGAACGAUGGCGAGUGGGCUGACCUGCCCAACUUCCUCGUCCAGGCUUCUGGUAGCAGCAAUGUGGAGGAGCGUGUUGUUGGUACCUACAUUCUCUUCACCAUCCUUGAGACUCUUGGGGAGGGCUUCGAGGAGAAGUACCAGGAGCUGUUCACCUUGUUCAGCAAGACCAUUCGUGACCCUGAGAGCGAGGAAGUCCGCAUCAACACUCUGCUCGCCCUGAGCAAGAUUGCCAUGAACUUGGACUCGGAUGAGGACGAGGCCCCCGUCAAGGCUUUCCAGGAGUUCGUUCCUCCCAUGGUUGCCGUCCUCAAGGACUCCAUCGACAAGCAGGAAGAGGACCGCGUCAUGCAGACGUUCGAGGUCUUCCAGACCCUCUUGGGCUGCGAUCCCGCUAUCCUGACCGUCCACCUCAAGGACCUGGUUGUCUUCAUGAACGAGCUCGCUACCAACACCGAGGUCGACGAGGACACCCGUACCCAGGCCAUCAGCUUCCUCAUGCAGACCAUUCAGUACCGCAAGAUGAAGGUCCAGGGCAUGCGUCUCGGUGAGCAGCUCACCCGCAGCGCUAUGGAGAUUGUCACCGAGCUCAGUGACUCGCCCUCUCUCGAAGACGACAUCACCCCCGCUCGCUCCGCCCUUGGUCUGCUCGACAUGCUCGCUCAGAGCUUGCCUCCCAGCCAGGUCGUUGUUCCUCUGCUCCACGCUCUUGGCUCGUACUUCAACAACACCGACCCCAACUACCGUCGUGCCGGUAUCAUGGCCCUGGGCAUGUGUGUUGAGGGUGCUCCCGACUUCAUCAGCACUCAGAUGAAGGAGAUUUUCCCCAUGGUUCUGCAGCUCCUUGCUGACCCCGAGCCCAAGGUCCGUCAGGCCUCUCUGCACGCCGUUGCCCGUCUGGCCGACGACCUCGCUGAGGACCUCAGCGCCGAGCACGAGAGCCUCAUGCCCUUGCUCUUCAAGAACCUUGCCAGCGCCAUGCAGGAGUACAAGGGUGAGGAGGACGGUCCUACUGUCGACAUCAUGAAGGCUGGUAUCAGCGCCAUCGACUCUGUUGUUGACGGUCUGGAUGAGAAGGAAGUCGCCCCCUACCAGGGCGAGCUGGUUCCCAUCCUCCACAACCUCUUCAAGCACCCCGACUUCCGCAUCAAGGGCUUGGCCGCCGGUGCUCUUGGCUCGCUGGCCUCGUCUGCUGGUGACUCUUUCCUGCCCUUCUUCGACGAGUCUAUGCACCUCUUCCAGGAGUUCGCUACCGUCAAGGACAGCGAGGAAGAGCUUGACCUCCGUGCCAGCGUCACUGAUGCCAUGGGUGAGAUGGCCGGCUCUGCUGGCCCCGAGCGCUACCAGCCCUAUGUCGGACCCCUCAUGCAAGCAACCGAGGAGGCCCUCCACCUUGGUCACUCCCGUCUCAAGGAGAGCACCUACAUCUUCUGGGGUGCCAUGGCCAAGGUCUACGUUGAGCACUUUUCUGCUUUCCUCGACGGUGUCGUCAAGGGUCUGUUCGCCUGUAUUGAGCAGGACGAGACCGACCUUGACGUCUCCCUCGGUGAAGCCGGCAAGGACCUCAUCGGUCAGGAGGUGACCAUCGGUGGCCGCAAGGUCAAGGUCGCUAGCGCUGACGACGACGACGAGGUUGCCGAGGACGGUUCCAUCGAAGACGUUGACCCCGAGGAUGAGGAUGAGGAUGCCUGGGAUGACAUCACCGCCACCACUCCCUUGUCUCUCGAGAAGGAGAUCGCUGUCGAGGUCAUUGGCGACCUCGUCACCCACACCAAGAGCGCCUACCUCCCCUACUUCGAGAAGACCGUUGAACAGGUUAUGCCGCUUGCUGAGCACCCUUACGAGGGUGUCCGUAAGAGCACCAUCUCCACCCUGCACCGCUCCUACGCUAUGCUGUUCGCCAUUGCCGAGGAUACCGGCCAGAUGCCCAAGUGGCAGCCUGGUCUGCCCCUGCAGGUCGAGCCCGCCAAGGAGGUCAAGAAGUUUGGCGAGAUCCUCAUGACUGCUACCAUCAAGAUGUGGUCUGAGGAGGAUGAUCGGGCUACCGUCGCCGACAUCAACCGCAACAUGGCCGAGAACCUGCGCUACUGCGGUCCUUCCCUCAUCGCCAACGAGACCACCCUCCACAACGUCAUCCAGAUGGUCACCGACAUUAUCAACAAGCAGCACCCCAGCCAGAUCGAGUUUGGUGAGGACGAGUUCGCUGCUCCCGAGGAGACCUCUGAGUUCGACUGGGUUGUCGUUGACACUGCCCUCGACGUUGUCUCCGGCAUGGCCGCCGCUCUGGGCCAGAGCUUCGCUGAGCUCUGGAAGGUCUUCGAGAAGACCAUCCUCCGCUACGCUAGCAGCAGCGAGUCGCUCGAGCGCGCCACCGCUGUCGGUGUCCUUGCUGAGUGCAUCAACGGCAUGGGUCCCGCUGUCACCCAGUACUCUGGUACUUUCCUGAAGCUGCUCGUCCACCGUCUCAGCGACGAGGAUCCUCAGACCCGCUCCAACGCCGCCUACGCCGCUGGACGUCUGCUUGAGCACUCCAACGACGCCGGAAUUGUCAAGGAGAUCCCCACCAUCCUGUCGCGUCUUGAGAACUGCCUGCAGAUGAACGUCUCGAGACUCCAGGACAACGCUACCGGAUGUCUCAGUCGUAUGAUCCUGAGACACCGUGAGCACGUUCCCAUCAAGGACGUCCUUCCCGUCCUCAUCAACAUCCUGCCUCUCAAGAACGAUUACGAGGAGAACGAUCCUUUGUUCCGUAUGAUUUGCCAGAUGUACAAAUGGGAGGACCCUACUAUCCGCGAGCUGACUCCUCAAUUCCUGCCCAUCUUCCAGGCCGUCCUCACCGACGAGGAGGCCCUCGAGGAUGAACGCCGGGCCGAGCUCGUUGAGCUCGUCAAGUGGCUCAACCAGGCUCAGCCGGGUUGCACUCCUUGGGCGGACCAGCUGUAAAUCCAUAUAUCGAAUGAUGGAUACGUGAUGGCUUGAUGACAAAAACACAAAAGUAAUAUAGACUUACGGAUGGAUGACAUUAGACGAUACCCCGGAGUGCAUUGAGGACUUGAACUUGGAGAAGCGAUUCCUCCUUGCAGAUGAUGGACAGG